AUGCAAAAGCCUAGGCUUGUACUGAUAAUGACUCCAGUGCUACAGAUUGUGCUAAUAAGGCAGAUAACUGUCUCUAUUAUACAAGUAAAUGUAUUGCUAAAGAUACUUGUGCAAAUUAUGCAGUAUAAGGUGAUGAUGAUGCAGCAAAAUAAAUAUGGUGUGAGGGAGUUUUAAAUUCAUCAGGAGAUUUAUGUGCUUGGGACUCUACAAAUAAAAAAUGUAAAGAUAGAGUAUGCAGUGAUAAAUAAUUUUAUACAGAUUUUGAAUUGUUAAAGUUACCUCAAGUCUUGUAAGAAAAAUUGUUAAGCAUGUGUUAGCACUUCUACUCAAUGUAGCACAAUUAAUGGUUCGUCAGAUUUCUGCUAUGCUUUGUUAGAUUAAACAGGAAAAGAUAAAUGCAAAUCAAUAGCUACUGUUACUACUGCAUCUUCAGCAUGUGCAAACAAAAUAUGUUAUGACAAUGUUACAUCUACAUCUGAUUCUGAAUGUGACUCAUAUUUAGCUGGAUGUGUCCCACGUGGAACAGGUUGCAUUCCAAAUACAGAGCCUUGCAUAUUAUAUAGAGGGACUAAAUAAUAAUGUGAAUAAUUCAAAAAAUUCAUUGGAUUAGAUGCUAAUAAGAAUCCAACAUAUAAAUUUUGUUCUGUUAAUGCAGGUAAUACUGUCACUUGUAAAGUAACAACUUGUGCUGAUAACACUAUCACAAAGGGAACUGGAGGUGUUGAUGCAACAUCAUGUAGUGCAUUUAAAGGAGAUUAAGCAACUUGUGUUAAAUUCAUGGGAAGUUCAGGAAAAGAUUAUUGUUGGAACACUUCAGCUGCAUUAGCCACAGAUACUUGUGCAAAGAAGAAAUGCAGUGAUAUUACUGGUAAAAACAAUAAGAAAUGUAGUGAUGGUCUGCCACCAUUCAAGACUACAGAUGACCCCUUCUGUGUCUACGAUGGAACUGGAUGUUUUGAUUAUGGAAAGAAUAGCAGUACAUUCAAUGGAACUGAAGAAACAUGCCCAACAUAUUUGGCUAAAGAUGGUCCAUGCAAAGCUACUACAGUUGGAACAAUCAAAGGUAUAUGUGCUAAGAAAGUAUGCAUAGAAGCACCAAAUACACUUGCAUCUGAUGCUGAUUGUUAGAAAUAUCAUAAGGAUUGUGUAACUACUGGUUACGGAUGCACUGCUACUAAAUCCUGCAGCAAUUUGACAUCACAAGCUGCAUGUAAAUUAAGAGAAGAAUGUACAUGGGCAAAUUAAUGUACAGCUUCCAUUACAACAUGUGCCACUUAUAACAAUACUAGUUACUCUUAAUGUACCAAUUCUAAAGUUGAUGGUAAGUUUUGUGCUUGGUAAGAAUCUUAUUCAACAUGCAGAGCUCAAACAUGUGAGGAUUAAUCGGUAACUAUAGCUUCUCAUGCUCAAUGUUAAAUCUUUGCUGCUAAUUGCACUACAUCAGGAGCUGGUUGUUUAACUAUUUCAACUUGUGCAUCAUACAAAACUCAAUCUGUCUGUUUAGCUGCUUCAACUUCUAAAGAUGGAAUAGGUAGAUGUGGUUGGGACGCCGCAACAAAUAAAUGCAGAGCGAGAAUUUGCGGUGACAAGAAUGGUUUAACUGAUGAUGAAUGUAAUACUUUCCUUGCAGGAUGCAAGACAAAUGGAUCAAGCUGUGUUGCUGGAGCUUCAUGUACUGAAUUUUCUAAUAAAUAAUUCUGUAUCAAAUCUAACUAUAGUCCAUGCCUUUGGGUUAAUGGAUCAUGUUAUGAUUAUGACAGAUGUGAAGAUGCUAUCAAAAAGACCCAUACAGAAUGUUAAGCAUUCUCACCAUUAUGCACAACCAAUGGAGAUACAUGUAUUCCAAUUACUAAUUGUGCCAGCACAACAUUAAAAGCCUCAUGUGUUUUAGGAACUGAUGGAGCUUGUGGAUGGUUACCAACUGGAAAAUGUUAGAAGUUCGGAUAAUGCACAGAUGCUGUUGCUGCUACCAAUGAUGAAUGUCUCUCAUAUGGACCAACAUGUAUUACUGAUGGAACUGCUUGUAUUGCCAAAGCCACUUGUGCUACCUACAAGACAUAAACAGCUUGUAAUAACCUUGGAACUGAUGGUAUCUGUUAUUGGAAUGCCACAGCUAAUACUUGAAAGUUAAAGGAAUGCGGAGAUGAGUAAAAGGGUACAAAUGACUAAUGUAAACUGAUUUCUGUGACAGGAGGAUCAUGCACAACUGAUGGAACCAAAUGUAUUCCAUUGUCAACUUGCUCAAGCUAUGUUGAGGCUGGAUGUUUCACAGGAACUGAUGGAGAAUGCAUUUUUGCAUUACAAAUUGGGACCACAACAGGAACUAAGACUUGUAGAUUAAAGUAAUGUGAAGAUAUCACUGGAGGAACAUCAAAUGCUAAUUGUAUGGGUAUUAUUUCUGGAAAGGCUUGUGUGUCCAAUGGAACAAGUUGCAUCGCUAAGGCUGUUUGCUCAACAUAUAAGACGAUAACAUCUUGUAAUUGAGGCGGCUUAGAAAAUAAUAAAUCAACUGUUUGUGCUUUCACUCCUACAGGAACUGAUAAGGUUAAUGGAACAUGCAAGACUUUUUCAGCAUGUGUUGAUGCUAGCAAAGAUAAAUUGGCUUGCACAACCAAUCCAUCGUGCAAAUGGACUGAAAACUCAACAGGAACAUCUUGUGCUAGUCAUACAUGUGAUACCUUUGCCACAGGAACUGAUUGUCAACCAAUUCCAAGUUUCGAUGGAGCCUCAUCCACUGUUUGUGUUCUUUAAAGCGUAAAAUGUGCUGCUGCUGACCCAGGAACCAUGACUGAUUCCAAGAUUUGCUACACUAAAUCAGCAUACACUUAUAGUUGGAACGCCAUUUCUAAUAAAUGCGAAAGUUGUAUUGCAGGAUCUGUCACUCCAAAUAAUUCAAACGGUACUAACAAUGAAACAGAUAAUGGAACAACUACCACCGAUAGUGCUUACGUCUUGUCAGUUAUUUCACUAGGUCUUUUAGGAUUAAUGGCAUGA